UGAUCAGUAUGCUCAAAGAGCUACGUUUCAGCAGACGCUGCUUCAGAAAAAAAAUCCAAAAGGCGAGCGAUUUAGGUCCUCAAUUUAGCUGUUCCAGAAACAUUACCAAAACACAGCCGCAGUAACCGGACUACACUAGAAUAAAACAUGUCCUUUUACCUGAUGAGGCCCAGCUUAAGGCUGAUGGUGGUGAUGCUCCUAGUGUUGGCCCUAAUCACCGAUGAUGUGCAUGCUAAGGGAAGAUCCAAAAGCAGGAAAGGCAAGGGUGGCGGUCUUUUCAAUUUCGGCAGCUGGUUCAAAAGCCCCUCCAAAUCGGCGCAUUCGCAGAGCGGAGCUCACACCAACCAUCACGAGAGUCACCCAGACUACAGUUCGGACCGAUCCGGAUCUAGUCAUUCCUCCUACUACUACAGCGGAUCCCACUCCAGAAGUAGUUACCGAAACCGCAAUAACAACACGGAUGAAUACCAGUUCAAUUCCGCCACCAAAACUUAUUAUGUUCCAAGUGUGCCAUUCGUCCUCGUCUUAUUUAGUUGUAUCUGGUUAAAUAAUUAAAUAAUAAAAUAAAAUAGAAAGCCAAAAAUGUUGUCUGGCGGCAUUAUAACUGGCGCAAAAA